GCCACCAUUCUUCUCUCAUUUCACUUUUCCAGAUCUAGAAGCCGAUCGUCUCUGUAGAACAUCUGACCACACUUACAUUCCUUCAAACGCUUCAAGGCACUCACAGUAAUGAGUAUGGCGACCAUCACCUGCACACGUUUUACAGAGGAAUACCAGCUGUUUGAGGAACUGGGAAAGGGUGCAUUUUCCGUGGUGCGGAGAUGUGUGAAAGUUCUCUCAGGGCAAGAGUAUGCUGCCAAGAUCAUCAAUACAAAGAAGCUGUCUACUAGGGAUCACCAGAAGCUAGACAGGGAGGCUAGAAUCUGCAGACUUCUCAAACACUCCAAUAUUGUACGGCUACAUGACAGCAUCUCAGAAGAGGGUCACCAUUACCUCAUCUUUGACUUAGUAACGGGUGGUGAGCUGUUUGAAGAUAUUGUUGCCAGGGAAUAUUACAGUGAAGCAGAUGCCAGUCAUUGUAUUCAGCAGAUUUUGGAGGCAGUUCUUCAUUGUCAUCAGAUGGGAGUCGUCCAUAGAGAUUUGAAGCCAGAGAACCUGCUUCUGGCCUCUAAAUCCAAAGGUGCAGCUGUGAAGUUAGCAGACUUUGGCCUUGCAAUUGAGGUUGAAGGGGACCAACAGGCCUGGUUUGGCUUUGCAGGCACUCCUGGUUACCUGUCCCCUGAAGUCUUACGGAAGGACCCUUAUGGAAAAGCUGUAGACCUGUGGGCAUGUGGUGUGAUUCUCUAUAUACUGCUGGUUGGAUAUCCACCAUUCUGGGAUGAAGACCAACAUCGUCUCUAUCAGCAAAUUAAAGCUGGGGCCUAUGAUUUUCCAUCACCUGAGUGGGACACAGUCACUCCAGAGGCUAAAGAUCUGAUAAAUAAAAUGCUUACUAUCAACCCAUCCAAACGCAUCACUGCAGCCGAGGCUCUGAAACAUCCAUGGAUCUCACAUCGCUCCACUGUUGCAUCUUGCAUGCACAGACAGGAAACUGUUGAAUGCUUGAAGAAGUUCAAUGCAAGAAGGAAGCUCAAGGGUGCCAUUCUCACGACUAUGCUGGUCACCAGAAAUUUCUCAGGAGGAAAGAGUGGAGUGAGCAAGAAGACGGAUGGUGUGAAGAAAAGGAAGUCCAGUUCCAACACCCAGCUGAUGGAAUCAUCCGAGAGCACCAACACCACCAUUGAGGAUGAGGAUACAAGAGUGAGGAAACAGGAGAUCAUCAAAGUUACUGAGCAGCUCAUUGAAGCCAUCAGCAAUGGAGAUUUUGAGAAUUACACGAAGAUGUGUGAUCCCAGUGUUACAGCAUUUGAGCCUGAAGCGCUGGGAAAUCUGGUGGAGGGGCUGGACUUCCAUCGCUUCUAUUUUGAGAACUUGUGGUCAAAGAACAGCAAGCCUGUUCACACCACCAUUCUGAACCCUCACAUUCAUCUGAUUGGUGAGGAGGCUGCCUGCAUUGCCUACAUCCGCAUCACGCAGUACCUCGAUGUAAACGGCAUGCCGCACACUGCCCAAUCAGAGGAGACACGGAUCUGGCACCGCAAAGAUGGCAAGUGGCAGAUAGUUCAUUUCCACCGCUCAGGCGCUCCCUCUGCCAUCACCAAAUAAGAGAGUCAGUGGUGUAUAAGAGUUGCAGAUUUAUUCGCUAGAGAACUUACUAGCCCACAGCUUUGCAUCUUUUACUUGAACUUCAUUUGCCCAACCCUUUACAGUGUCAUCACAUUUACAUUUGCUAAUAUUACCUGACACAUUUCUUAGUGGAUAAGCUGAUUCAAGUCACAAUCUGCUGUUUUUGCCAUGUGUGGCAUUAAUGGUUCUAUUUCAAAGAUUAAGUGAUUACUGAUGGAUCAUACAGAUGAAGGGAAGUUUACAGCCAGUCAGGGAGUAAAACUAAACAAUUUCUUUGAAUAUUAUGUAUAUUUUUACAAACGUAUUGGCCAUCUUUUUGAUCGACCUAUAUUUGCAAAAACUGCUUGGAUACUGUAUUGUCACUUAAAAUGAAUACUUGAGACAAGCAUUGAGAAAUUCUUUAAUUCCAAAAUAAUUUUCCACUGAUUCAGAAAAAAUAUUUUCUCUGUUACUAACUUAAAUACAUGGAUUAUUAGAUAUAGCCUGUUGUUUUUCCCAACGCACUAAGCAUUUCAGUGUUUUACUGGCUCCAGUCGCUCUAACUGCAGUAUUACAAUUUUUAACCUAAAAUAUCUGUUUUGCUUUAUACUUUUUAAAUAGAUACCUCUGUAUUUCACUAUUUACUGUCAAAAUAAAUCAGUCUUAAAUAUGUUUAUAUAUCUGAACUAAAGUGGUAUGUUUAAAAUCCCUCAUUUACAUUGUAGAGUACUGUAAAUUCUAAGUAUUUAUAGAAUAGAUUUGUAGAAUAAGUACAUUUGCCAUGAUUUGAUCAUUUUUUUUGUGGUGACCUCAACAAAUGUAAUUGUUUGUGAUUCAUGCUGAUGUCAUGUGAGAGAAAAGUGGAAAUAUCAACCCAGCCCAAUUUCCAGAAGUUCACCACUGAACAUUUUCUAGUGUGUACUAACAGAGCUUUAGUGAAGCAUAUUUAACAUUUGCCCUUGAAAUUCAAAGCUGCAUCCAUGGCAAAAACACGAUCAAAAGUGAUGGAUCAUGAUUAAAAUCCAACCUGCAUAACAGGUUGGUUAAAGUUAAGUGUGGCAUUUAUGAUGGGGUUAUCAAGAGAGAAAGUACAAAAUCUUUGAUCAAGGUUGUUCUCCAAACCUGGCCUGGUGUGUCGUGCUCUGAGCUCUUCAAUAAAGUUCUUCCAGUCAAAAGAGCCACUACAUUUGCUCUUCCUUUUGUAUUUAGGGUUAAGCCUCCAUGUUUGAGAUGCUAUCAUGCCAGCUAACUUGAAUGGCAAAAAUUUGUUGUAAUCUGCCAUUGUCUGUAAUCAAGCAGUUCAAGUGUUACCUCAAUGCAUAUACAUAUUUACACACUGUCACCUUUAAUUCCAAUGUGAUGAUAGUAAUUCUAAUUGUAAUAUAUAAAGUGUUAUUGUGGCAGCGGGGGCUUGACCACGCCCCCGCUGCCACAGUUAUAUUCUGAAGCUUUUAAAUAUCUUUUUUUUUUGUCAUAAUAGCUACAAAGGGUAUAUUUGAUUCCUGAGUUUAACUUUUAUUCAAAUUAAAGGGCUGCAUUGCGCUCUAUGGAGAGAGAGAGAAAGAGCUUAUACCAAAUUCAUUCGAAUUAGUAAAUAAUCGGCUUUACAGUUCUUAAAUGUUACAAUGUUAUUAGAAUGAAUUUUCUAUCAACAAUGAUGUAAACAAUUAGGGAAGUGUUACUUUCAAUUAUGUGUGAUGGUCAAAAGACCCUACAUUUGUACCUUUUUGAUAUUGUAUUCAAAGAAUUGCAGUUUCCAGGCUGUUGUAAUCAGCCUUUCGCUAUCGUAAGCAGAAAAAGUGCUAUUCAAUACAGUCUUUCUGUCUUAUCUGAAAAAUUUAAGUAUUAACACUUGUAUAUAUAAUUGACCUUUCCCUCUUAUAUGCACAUAUAUGUUCAGAUUUAAUAAACCAGUUACAUUUUUAUUAGUGCAGUCACUAAUAAACAGUUAAUGUUUACUUUUUACAGUCUAAAACAAUCUGAACUAUUAUAUUAGCAGGUUACUUAAAGGUGUCAAAUAUCGCUGGUUCUUAGACUUUAUUAAAACAAAUGUUAAUGUGAAGAAAGCAUGAGUUUUUUUUGUGUAAUAUUGAUUUAAAUGCAAAAGUAUGUAAACUUUUGGUGAUGGCUGUAUAUACAUUGCUUUUCAUCAUGUGACUGGAGCACUUACCAUAGACAGCACUUUGUAAUCAUAUUUCUGAUUAAAACAAAAAACAAUUUUAGGCUACUUUUGACAUCUUUUACAAAUAUCCACUUGCAAUAUUGAAUUAUUAAUGAACUGCAAUUAUUAAAUUGUCAUUACUGAACCAAAGUUAUUGUUAUUAUACUGAUUAUUUAACUGCAAAACACAUUUAGAAUUUAAAUUAAUUAAAUGCACGGAAAACCUUUUCUAUGUCAUCGAGUAAUCUGUGGUUAAGUGCAAACAGCUGCAAUAAAUAAAUAAGUAGUUGCUUUGUGGAUUUUGAUGUUUUUGCCUACUCUAUUGUUUGUUAAGGGCACAUUGUUAUCUUUUGAUAUUAUUUUACGUAUAUAAUGUGUUUUAUUGAGGCAUGCUGUUUUAUUCCUACAAAGUGGGUGUGUAUGACGUGUUUUCUGAGUAAAUUGUGCUUUCUGUAGUUAAGGUGUAAUGCACCUAAUCUUGAAAAUUAAAGUGCUCUACAAAGGCUUGUCACUUGUGUAUUUGAUGUCAAUCUGUCAAUACAGAUUUCUUUUGAGCAGAUUUGUUGUUUGAGGAGUGCAUGCGAUCACCAAAACUGUGUGAUGUAUUUUACCUUAGCCCGAAAGACUUUGCAUUAGACUUUGGUCAUGUGACUGUAUAAAAAAAUCUGGCAUAAAGUCAUAAUCUUUAUCUAAAGUUAACAUGACAGCAUGUCAUGUCAAAACUUCUGACCUCAAGGUAAACAUUGAUAUUUUUUUACAAAUUAACUAUAUUUGGAAAAACAUGCUUCACUUAAAAUAUUUUAUCUAGGAAUUACAUGUUGAUGUUGAAAAUGGAUGAAUUCAAUAUUUACACUUCAUAAAUGGACAAACUCUUUGUAUCUAAGGAGAUACAUUGCCCUUUUAUGUGUAACAAAUGUUAAGUAUAAGUAGAUCUGCCAAAAUUAACACAUUUACCAAUGUAUCUGACAAUUCAAAUGAAGUAUCAUUAACUGGGCAAUGCCAUCACUAAAACAGACAUUCUCUGCUGCACUUUUUAUAUGAAUGCAGCUUCACAAUCGCUAUAGCUAUUAUAUAGCAACAGCCUGCCAGAUGAUUAAUAUUGUGGAGGAAGAGGGUUUAAGAGAGAGAUGUGCAACCUAUUUUC